AAUUUACAAAUCUUCUUGGCAGAUCCACAACUUCAAGGUGUGAAAUGGAUAAAGCAAAAAUAUGGCGAAGAAUUGCGAAUUAUUCGAAUUGGGCAAAAAGGUUAUUUAGAGACGAUUGAACAGGCAUUAAUACAUGGUGAAACUGUAUUAAUUGAGAAUAUUACUGAAACCUUGGAUCCUGUUUUAGACUCUUUAUUGGGUAGAAAUCUUAUUAAGAAGGGGAGGGCUAUUAAACUGGGUGAUAAAGAGGUUGAAUAUAAUAUCACUUUUCGUUUAAUAUUACAUACCAAACUAGCAAACCCCCAUUACAAACCCGAAAUGCAAGCUCAAACGACUCUCAUAAAUUUCACCGUAACUCGGGACGGACUAGAGGACCAAUUGUUAGCUGAAGUGGUUCGAGCAGAACGUCCAGAUUUAGAGGAAUUGAAAGCACAACUAACAAAGCAACAAAACGAUUUCAAAAUUAUGCUCAAGAGCCUUGAAGAUGAUUUACUCUCGCGAUUAUCAUCAGCCGGCGAAAAUAUAUUAGGUGACACGGCAUUGGUGGAAAACUUGGAAAUUACGAAACGAACAGCAACUGAAAUCGAGGAAAAG